AUGCCUGCACCCCCUGUUCUCAUACUCCGGGGAAAUGAGACUUCUAACCACAUCACAUCACUUUCUGAUCACUCUGAUAAUUUAACGUUCUUCUUCUUUUUGUACUUGUUUUUUUCUAAUUCGAUUUCGAAGUGCCCAAUGUCGCAUCCGGCUGCCAGCAUUAAAUCUAUAUUCAGCGGCAAAGUCAAUUUCACUGACACGGAUCUUGACGAUUCGUCCAACAGAAGCGAUUCGGGGUCUUAUAUCAACUCAGGCCAAACCAAUUACUCGUAUGAUGAGCGCUCAGACUUCAAGCCAGAUUCAGAGUAUGACCUAAAAACCUCAUACGAUUUGAAAAACCCAAACUCCCCGGAUGCCAGAUCCCAAUAUGCUGCGCCUAAAACAACAGCCUACUUACUGGAAUACGAAGGAGAGCCCUCUUUGGACCAUUCUCAUGAUGUCACAUCUGUGCUGCUGAAAAACUUGCGCAUAAUGGCUCUUCAAAAGGGCCCUGGCUCCGAUUUUUAUCCCCUUCAAAGUUCCUCCACAAACAUUUCUUUAGCAUCUUCUGGAAGCGACUAUCAGCAAGUUUACAUUCGUGAUACAGACGCUUACAGCUCAGAUUCAAGCCAGUUGGAGCCUGCGCCCGAUGGCGUUUCUCGCCCGUGGUCUCGUAAUUCCAACACCUCGUGUCUUUCUACCACGGCUACGAAAGACGGAAUCGAGGGCAAACGACUCCAUCGCAUGCCAUAUCCUUACUCAGGUAGACCAGAAGAAGACCCAGACGCUCUUGGACUUCCGCCGGUGACUUUGAAAGAAAAGAUCGGACUCUUGAACCCAGAUCCACGCCAACGUGGCUAA